AUGCUCGCUGCAGCGACCUCCUUCUUUGCGCGCACGAAUAUCUCUCAGUCGUAUAAUAUCGGCGGUCCAUCCUUGACUGGAAGCCGCUCAUCGACACCAGGUCCAUCGGGUCCCUCGACGUCUGCGAUACCGACUGCGACUGCACAUGCACCUCCGUUCAAUGUCGGGCCAUGGCGAGUGCAGUCGGCCACCCACAAGACGACGGCGAAGCGUGUCUCUGUCUGGAGUGCGGACAAGCGUAGUCAGGAGAUGGACCGGAUGGGUCCCGCGUCAAGGGAGAGGACAAUCGAAGUGUUGAAGACAGAGGUACGUCGCUAUGCCGCUGGUCAGAAGGCCAUAACGUCUGACGAGCUGACGGCGUGGUGGUACAAGGCUUCUGCCUGUCUAGGCUGCGGCAUCCGUGUAUUCUGGGUGGUUGAACCACUGGAGGAGACCAGAAGCGAACUCAUAUUUGCAACUGAGCCAGUGCUCUCGUCCCUCCAUCUAUCCGUGCCGGGCUCCUUCCAAUAUACCCCUUUGGUCGAAUUGGACGAGGUUGAGAUCCAGAAGGGGAUCCUGCAAGUCUGCAAGGGGCUCUCGUUCUUGCACACGUCUGCUCGUACGAUUCACACGAAUCUGACUCCGGAGAGUAUCCUCAUCAACAGCGCUGGUGACUGGAAGAUUUCUGGGCUCGGGCUGACGAUCCCGCUCUCUGCGCCCGGGGGAGGCCCCACGCGUUGGGAGUUUCCGACCUUCGAUGGGAGAGUGUCUCCAUACACACAGCGCUCCUUUGACUACAUGGCACCCGAGUACGCGUUGGACGAGGUCCUGGACCCAGCGUCAGAUCUGUAUUCGCUAGGCUGCCUGAUCUCUCUCCGCGAGAACGCUGGCAAGCCCUUGUCUGGCAUGGAGCGUCUCGACCCAGAUCUGCGAAAUCGCUCACGUCCCGAGGCUAGCCCUUCUCGGCGCCCUCAUCGCACGACAUCCGCAGAGCAGACCAUCGCCUGGUUCCCUCCCUCCAUGCGUUCUUCUCCUCAUGCCAUCUCGACGCUUAACUUCCUGGACCGAUCGAACUUCGCAGCGAAGACCCUAGAGGAGAAGAUAUCAUUCAUGAAGGUCUCACAGGCGUCCUUGCAAAUUCUCGAGGGCCUACGGACACGCAAAAUUCUACCAUCGCUCCUUGAGGAGAUGAAAGACACACAGCUGCUCCAUAUAUAUUGCCUAAUAUAUUCGCCAUCUCGCAGAUCCUAUCGAACCACCAGCGAACAUGCUGACGCUAUUGGAAACCUCCAAAUGCUCCAAGAGAAGACGGAGAAGCCUGUCUUCCGCGAGCACGUUCUGCCGCUUGUCUAUAAUGCGUUGGAGUCGGAGCAUGCUGUCGUGCAAGAACGGGCAUUGAGAUGCGUGCCAGACUUGUGCGAAUCGAUAGAUUACGCAGAGGUCCAGGGUGUCCUAUUCCCUCGUGUCGCUCUUGUCUUCACCAAAACACGGAUCUUAUCCGUCAAGGUCGCUACGUUGCAGACGUUCCUCGCAAUGGUGAAGACAUUAGAUCAGACGAGUCUUACGCAGAAACUCGUGCCUCUGCUGUCGAAGAUCAGGACCAAGGAACCCGCUGUCACUAUGGCCACGCUGGCUGUUCAAGAGGCUACGGGCAUGAAAGUGGACCGCGAAGCUGUCGCAACGUUGGUGUUGCCACAAUUGUGGGGAUGUCCAUGGGUCCUUUCAAGCGGUUCAUGGAGGUCAUUCGUAAACUCGGUGAUCGUGUCGAACGGGAACAUGACCACUGCCAACGGAACGGGAACACCAUCGCUAGGCGGUGCUGUCGACUUCGAGAGCCUAGUGAGCAAUGGAACAGCUGUCAGCAACGGCUCUCUGGCCACAGUGAAGGCCGAUACCGUCAUCGACUCGUCGAAGAACUGGGAGGAUGACGUUUGGGGAAGCAUAUUCACGACAACCCUGCUUCCCGGAUUUUCGCCUGCAAUAUCACCACCACCUGCAGUGAUGCAGCCCUCACAACCCUCCCAGCCCCAAACGCAGUCCUUACCUUCGUCUCCGAGACUGUCGACGACGCGUAUUAACUCUGCCGCGAAGGGAACUCUCAAUCGGCAGAGCCGUGGUCUUGCUCCAGCACAACACAGGCCAUCCCUAUCAUCAGGGACUAUGCAGGCGGCGACGCCGUCGUUUAUGUCUAGCCAGGCGCCAGCUCCGAAUUACAACAUCUCGCUCACGGCGACGCCACCACUGACCUCCAUGUCGUCACCGCCUCUGACCUCGAUGGGUGCGCCAGCCAUGACUAUGUCUACGCCACCCCUGUUCGCAUCAUCACCAAGUAUGAGUGCCCCGCUUGUACCGUCCAAGCCUGCGCAGCCAUCUUGGUCAAUGCCGAAACAACUCACGAAGGAUGAUUGGGGCGAUUUCGAUCCAUUAGCGUAG